AGACGCGCGAUGCAUUCGCCGAGGACACGCGCCGCGCCGUUCGAAAAUAGAACAAAAACCGAACAAAACGCACUAAGCAAAGGAAAAACAUCGACGGAAAAAGAGUCUAAACGGUGCAGUGAAGCGUUUUGGUGAAAAGAACCCGGCAAUUGAUAGUUUUAGUGAAAAAAAUAUCGAUAGAAAUAGUGGUGAAAAAGUUACAAGUGAUUUUAGGUGAAACGCACCCGCCAAAUUGUUGAAUUUUAUGAGAAAAAAGUCGAUAAAAAUAGUGGUCCAAAAGUGAGCAACAAGAACUACCUGUAAAAGUCACAAUUCUUCAAGGUUUAACUGAUUCAUUCAUUUGAAUAGAAAUAUGUCCAACUUCACGCCGAAUCAACGGAAGAGGGAACAAGUCAGACGGAAACUGAUAUUCGACGAUGAACCGGACAUACAACCGUCAGAACCACACAACUCAUCGGAAGCUGACGCUGGAAGUUCAGAAAACACAAAAACUCCUGCUUCGAAACCCCGAAACCAACCGAAAGUUGAUAAUGAUACACAACCAGCAGAAAACUUUGAAUCCGCCAGUACUGAAUGCACGUUCAAAAUCACCGAUCUCUCUCAAAUGACUGAAGAGCAUAGGUUGGAACAGAUGGCCAGAUGGAAUUUUGAUUUCGAAAAUGAAAUACCCUUGACAGGUGACUGGGAAUGGGAGAGGGUUACGCCAGUAGCUCCCUCUGUUAAUCACAAAGAGAAAAUUUGUGCCUUGGAUAAAAAAGAAACAAAUAGUUCAGAUAGAAACGUUUAAUAUUUGAAGGAUACAUGGGAAAACACAUGCAUUAUUAAAGUUUACCAAUUACAAUCGGAAGUAUAAGUAAUUCUUAAUAUGUGGGAUUUUUAUGUAAAGGUAAAGUGGUCAACGACAAAAGAACACCAAAUUGCUUUUCGCAGGCCUUUGAGUAAAACCAAAAAAAUUACUAAUGACUAUUCUUCUUCUUCUUCUGAUGCCUCUAUGUCAAACAAUCACCUCAAUCCUCAGAAAGGUCAUUGGAGGUUAGUUUUUGAGUAUAACACUUUUGUCUCUUGGUUUCCCAGGAAUUUCGUGUGAUGCAGUAUGUCUCUGUAUUUUGCAGAAUUUAAAGGCACUGUUUCAUUGUAAGAAUUCUGCUCUCCUGGUAGAAGUUAAAACUAACCCCCCCUCCUCUGCCUAACCCUCAUCCCCCUCAAUCUGACCCCCCUCUGAUGAAUUAGUAAUCUAACUUUUGAAUGCAAUGAUGGAUUUUUCCUCAAAUUAAGAUCAUAUUUGGAUUCUGCACCUUCAAAGGUAUUGAUUGGCUUGUGCCAUUUAUUUUCGU